AAAGAAACGAGAGAAGAAAAAAGGAAGAGCAAAAGAAUCGGGGAAGUUGAUGGAGGAGAUUGUUCCUUUUGUGAACGCUUCAAUGGCAUAAAUUUCCGGCCAUCACAUUUCUUCUGCUUGCUUCCUCUCUCUAUCUCUCUCUCUCUCCUUACUUCUCGAUUCGAUUCACCAUUGUUGUUCACCUUUCUUCUUCUUCUUCUUCUUUGAUUCAUCCCUCUUUUCUCCCACAUUUAGGGUUUCCUGUUUUUACAUUUCUAGGGUUUUUCUUGUUCGUUCUGUACCGUAGUCGGCGAAUUGAAAAGGGGGAAAACACCGCUGUUGAGGGCUUUUUGUUUGUUUCUUUUGUGUUGUGGUUUCCUCAGGUUUUGUAGAUCUGAGGUUGCUAUUUUUGAAUAUCAUCAUCAUCUAGAGGGAUUUUUUUUUUCCUUUUGUCAAUUUUUAUUUGGUCGUGUGUGAUCAAAACGUAGCUCCAUUUCUGGUGGAGGAGAAGAGAAAGCGGAAAGGCAAUGAGCGCUUCGAGGUUCAUUAAGUGUGUCACCGUUGGCGACGGAGCUGUUGGCAAAACCUGUUUGCUCAUUUCUUACACCAGCAACACUUUUCCUACGGAUUACGUACCGACUGUUUUUGAUAACUUUAGCGCUAAUGUUGUUGUUAACGGGAGCACUGUCAACCUAGGACUAUGGGAUACCGCAGGGCAGGAAGAUUAUAACAGAUUAAGACCUUUGAGUUACCGUGGUGCUGACGUUUUCAUCUUAGCAUUCUCUCUUAUCAGUAAGGCUAGUUACGAGAACGUGUCCAAGAAGUGGAUCCCAGAGCUGAAGCACUAUGCCCCUGGUGUCCCAAUAGUUCUUGUUGGAACCAAACUAGAUCUUCGGGAUGACAAACAGUUCUUCAUUGACCACCCUGGCGCUGUACCUAUUUCCACUGCUCAGGGAGAAGAACUGAAGAAGCUAAUUGGAGCUCCUGCAUACAUCGAAUGCAGUUCAAAAACACAGGAGAACGUGAAAGGCGUAUUUGAUGCAGCGAUCCGAGUGGUUCUUCAACCUCCAAAGCAGAAGAAAAAGAAAAGCAAAGCACAAAAAGCCUGUUCCAUUUUGUAAUUUCUCUACGUUUUCGUAUCUCUCUAUCUCUCUGUCUCUUCCACUCUUCUAGUGAAGGCUUAAGAAGAAAACACAUUGGGCUUAAACAUUGUUCCAGAGUUCGUUGUGCUAAGCUCUCUUAAUCCUAAAAAAAAAAAAAGAAGAAUACUUCUGUUUUACGUUUUACUGAUAAAUAGUUUUCAGCUUUAGCUGAAACCCAAUA